UAGAUUCUUUUGUGAAUUCAUAGGAAAACACAGGAAGGAAAAGAUGUUGACCCAAGUCAGUGAACCUCUUAGAUUUAAACUGAUCAUCACUGGUUUACAAGCCUUUCAUCUGAACACCGAUGGAAAUGCAGUCCAAGUCAGAUUCUCAUUGAAAACAAAGUGCGAGCUGAAAAUUCAGUGGACUGACUGGGAAGGCUAGUCCGCACAGAAGGGCGUGUGCAUGUAAUACAUUGCAUCUGGGCACUAUAUUUUCUAGGAUCUUGCACAGAAAUUGGUUCAUAGCCAUGCAGUGUCAGCCUACGUUAUACCACCACUGUAACUAAAGCAUUAAUUGCAACAAAUUGCACGACCCGAAUCAAUGGGCGCCUUUAUUCACAGACGUUUAAGUAAAGCUGUACUCUGAACUUGACCAGAUAUCUUUGGAAAGGUUUGGUUGCAUGAACGAGAGGAGGGCAGACUCCUGCAACUUAACGAAACUUUUCACUCUGCUUAACAACACUUCCUAUUUUUCUACAAGUAAAGCACCGAAAAACGCUUAUGUGACCAGAUGAAGUUCGGCAGGAUCCGGAGGUUUUCGGUCCAUCUAAACAGUAGCAGAGAGCAUAGGCAGGGACAGGUGCUCCUCCCGGGUGAGUUUAUUUCGGGCUAUGUGCUGCUCGAGCUGAUCAGGACAAUCAGUGUUCGAUCCCUGAAAGUAACAGCGAGAGGACUGGCAGCCGUGCAUUGGUUAGAGAGCAGGAGUGUGGGGGCCAACACCAUAGACAAUGACUACUCGUCGUACGAGGACUACUUCUGGAGAUGCGAACAGCUCAUCACAGAAAACGAUGAGGUCACCGUGCUGCAAGCUGGAAGACAUGAAUUUGCUUUCAGUUUCCAACUCCCAGAAGAGGGCCUUGUCACCUCUUUUGAAGGCAAACAUGGCAGUAUCCGUUACUGGGUAAAAGCAAAGCUACACCGACCAUGGACAACAGUUAAAAAAGUGAAGAAAGAGUUCACUGUGAUUGAACCAAUAGAUAUCAACACUCCAGCCUUGCUGGCACCACAGGCCGAUGCAAAGGAAAAGAUGGCUCGAAUAUGGUACUGCAACCUUGGACAAGUCUCUCUGUCUGCCAAAAUUGACAGGAAAGGCUAUACACCAGGUGAAGUUAUUCCUAUUUUUGCUGAAAUCGACAAUGGCACUGCUCGCACUGUGAUACCAAAGGCUGCCCUUAUCCAGACUCAGGCCUUCAUUGCUCGUGGGACCAUGAAGCAGAAGAAGUCUGUAGUCUCAACACUCCAUGGUGACUCGAUUCCUGGAAGGAAAAGGGAACUGUGGCAUGGCCGUGCUUUGAAAAUUCCACCCUUGGGUCCAUCAAUCUUGCAUUGCCGUAUCAUUCGUGUGGAAUAUACACUUAAGGUUUGGGUGGAGAUUCCCGGGACGUCCAAAUUAGCCCUGGAGUUACCACUGGUAAUUGGCACAAUCCCUCUUCACCCAUUUGGCAGUCGGACAUCCAGUGUUAGUAGUCAGUAUUCCGUAAACCUCGAAUGGAUUCGAAUGGCUAUUCCUGAACAGCCAGAACCACCCCCUGAUUAUGCUGAUAUUGUGCCUGCUGAAAAUCGUGAUCAUCAUAUGUUACCGCCAGUAAUGGAAGAGGAGCUUGAAGGAGCCUUGGAAAGACCGUAUUUUGCAUACAUUCAAGAGUUCCGCUUGCGGCCUCCCCCAGUCUACUCCGAGAUUGAUCCUAACCCUAUGAACUUUAUUCCUAACCCUAUGAACUUUAUGCCGAGACCUCGCUGCAUGACAUAUUGAAGAAAGUGAUGUGAAACACUUGUUUGCCAUUGCAGAUCUUUUCACGAAGUCUGGACGUAGUAUCCAGAAAUCGGAUUGAUGUCCAGUGAAACUGGGGAAAAUGGCUUCUCCUCAGUCAGGCACGUAUGUACCUUGAGUGAUUUUUCACAUAGGGUACUCCUUCUGUCAUGGGGUUUCUCUACACUGGCAUUUGUGGAAACAGCUUCGGCGCCUGAUUGGCUACUGCAGUGCUGUUUUGUAGUGGCCAUUCUUGAUGGCGAUCCUUGCUGAGAAACUGUAUUGUGCGAGACGGAUAUAAUUCAGAUGGUGGCAUUUGAGUAUGACUGUCAAAGAUCUGAAGGUGUACUACAGGUGAAUCUACAAGUGAAAAUGGAUAUGUUGUACACAAAGAACCCCCUUCAGGUGUAGUCACUGACAUGAACGGAGUUGCCUACGGUGAUCAUAUGCAAGCCAAGGGGUGAACGUGAUCUCAAGAAACAUCUCUUCUGUUUUGAAGUGUUGGUUUAAUGAAAAUAAUGAUGACAUACCUCUGGUCACCUUUCUGUGAAAUCGGCACAUAGACGGGAGCCGAGUUGUCCAUGGGUUUGGACUUACAGAAGCUUUGAUAAACUUGGAAUUUGCUUUAAGCCCAUUCACCAAGGGUGUACCGCUGGUAGAAAGAACAUCAGGGCUAUAAUCAGGCCUCCUUAAAGAGGCUGUAGAGAAUCACUGUUGUUGUUUAGCACUGUUUGCAGAUUAUACUUAUCUGUCUAGGUUUAAGAAUUUCAAAUGUAUUUUAUGGGCCAGUUCAUUAAAGCAGUCUUGCCAUUUCUUAACUAAAAGACACUGCUGACCAUUGCUUUUGUCAAUGGGUUUGAGAGUUUACCAUCAUAUGUGACUUUCAGACUGUAUAGCACACGUUUAUUUAUUUAUUUAUUUAUUUUUUAUUAGGAAGAUCAGCCAAAUAUCCAUUUAUACCUACAUGGAUGUCUGUGUGGUCUGUUUUAUCUAUGGCUGCUUUAGAGGCAGAUGUGUUAAUGGAUAUUGGUAUAUAAGCUGGACCAAAAAGUUGUACAGUAAUGGACAUUGUUAUAUAAAAUGGAUCAAAAAGUUGUACUAAAUUAGUGCAUUGUGUUUUUCUUUUUUAUAUUUGUGAGAUAACACCAUUGUCAAGCUGACCAUUAAGUAAUUAAUUCAUAAAAUAUAUAUGCGUACUCCCUUGA